AUGGUGGUGAAUGUAGUCGAAGCUGGUCAUGUAACUUUCUCGUUUCCGGCUCGGUCGUUAUUUCCGACUGUGUCGUGGCGAGACUGUUGCUUCAAGUUCACCUAUUCGCUGUUAGUCGCAUGUACCAUAUCCAAUUUUGUUAGUGCCUUAGCCUUAUCAGAUGGGUUGGAAGCUUUUUAUUUGGUUUGUCGUCAGUGUGGUCAUGGUGCUGCACUAACCAAUAAUUUAAUCAAUGUUCCCAGCAGUAUGGCUUAUCGUCAGAGAAAUGAUACCAUCCAAGGGCAAGAAGAAACAAUAAUCCAGCUUUUUCGAAAUCCUGAAGGAAAGUAUUUUGAAGUAAUAACAUUAUCAAAUGCAGAUGUUUUAAAAGUUGAUAAGGCUCACAGAGAGGAAAGUUGGUUUCCUGGUUUUAGUUGGUCAAUCUGUGUAUGUCCAAGUUGUGGUAUUCAUUUAGGCUGGCAUUUUGAAGCUACAGAAGUUGAUACAAUAACUGGAAAAAGACAAAGUUUCUUUGGCUUGAUACUAAACCAUUUAUUGCACCAGUUAUAUGCAGACAACCUUAUCAUGGUGCCCAAAAGUUAUGGAAGCUGA